AUGGAUCGUCUGAAACUGAAACGGAAGGCCCUGCGAAGCCGACUGACAAGGCUGAUACCAGACAUCGACGCUGCUCUUCAACGUGAUCCGAUUAUCGAACGGGACAUCGAAAUCCUCAGGCAAGGAUUGGGUAGUCUGCAUACCCAAAUGACCGAAACAGAUGUCGCCAUCGAGCCUUUCCUGGGGGACGACGCGGAACAAGAAUAUACCCGGGCAUUCGAGUACAACGACCGCGCCGUCACCUACCUGGCUCAGUUGGACUACUCAAUCCGAACUCUACAACAACGAACCCCGACCGAAACAACAAACCCUGGAAGCAGUGCAAGAAUCGGAGAACCGACGAGUACCUUAAAGGUAAAGCUUCCCAAACUUGAGCUUCUCAAGUUUAACGGUCAACAGCGACACUGGCAACCGUUUUGGGAGCAAUUUCAGCAAGCGGUUCAUCACAACGAGGCACUAACAGCUUGCGACAAGUUCAAUUACUUGAGAACUUCGCUAACGGGAGAAGCCGCUGCAGCCAUCGUCGGACUCCCAUCAACGUCCAUCUGCUACAAGGAUGCAGUAGACAUCCUUAUUAGCCGAUUCGGCAACGAGAAACGGCUCAUACAAGAUCAUAUGGAAAAGCUACUUGACUUUAACCCGGUACCUUCUGCACAAGACGUACGUGGACUUCGAAGUCUUUACGAUAAUGUGCAGGCCCAUGUACGUGGACUCAAGUCUCUCGGGGUGAGUGAAGAAUCUUACUCUUCUAUGUUACAUCAUCUCCUCGUGAGACUCCUUCCUUCAGAGAUAAUGCUUCACUACAACAGAGAGGCAAUUCGACAGGAAGGAAACGCCCAAGAACAAAAUGAGGAAGGAGCGCGAGCGCGAGUUCCUAGAGAACAGCCUGCAGCGCUAACAUCGUUACUCCAAGCCUUGAAGGUAGAAAUCGAAAGCCGAAAACAAACGUAUACUCCUGCGAGAUGGGAGCACCCUCUGACAAAAAAGACGAAUGCACUGGCAGGAGGUAAAAAGUAUCCUGAUAAGCAGAACAGUUUUAAACAAUCAUCGUCUGCACUACUUCAACAAACGGAUCUCAGAACACCGUGCUUCAUUUGCAAAUCUAAAGAACACAAGACGGAAGAGUGCACUUCGACAGUUUCACUGGAACAAAAUAAGACGAUGCUACAGAAAUACGGCAGGUGUUUCCGCUGCACCCUUGUGAACCACAUGUCUAAGAACUGCCGAAGAAGAAUCACAUGUAGGCACUGCCGAGGCCGACACGCUUCCACAAUGUGCGAGCCUAAAUUUAAAAACGGCGGACAAAAGAAUGUCGCGGGCACAGCUCCGUUACAGCUAAAAUCAACGACUGAGACUCCGGACCAAAGGAUAGUGCUGUUACAAACGGCCGAAGUGUGGGCUUCUGGAACCAAAAACAAAGCGAUGGCUAGAGUAUUGUUUGACGGCGGUAGCCAGAGAUCCUUUAUAACCGAAGACUUAUCUCGGAGACUGGGCUGCAAGGUUGUGGGAAGCGAACGACUUUCAGUGGGGUAUUUCGGUGGACAUAACCAGGAGAAGAACUUUCGAAGGGUCUUCAUACUCUGCAAAGCAAACACGAUGGACAUAGUUACCACCUUGAGGCUCUUGAAACCAGCAUAA